GAUGCUACCUUUUCAUUCCAUUUAACGAAAAUAGGUCGAUUUUUUACAUCCAUUCUGUGGAACUUGAGCUUAUCUCCCGUCUGCCGUCAUGGAGGAGCCCACAGCUUCCGGCGUGUUCUGCAGCAGGAUGCUGAGCAUGGUGAACUCCGAGGACGUGAACGCCAUCAUCCAGGCUCAGAGACACAUGCUCGACCGCUUUGAGAAAACCAACGAAAUGCUCAUCAAUUUCAACGGGCUGUCCAACGUGCGGCUGCAGCAGAUGAACGAGCGCUUCCUGCUGCACACCCGGACGCUGGUGGAGAUGAAGAAAGAUCUGGACAGCGUCUUCCGAAGGAUCAGGACGCUCAAAGGGAAGAUUGGCAAGCAGUAUCCUGAAGCUUUUAGUAACGUCCACAAGUCGCCCGGCUCGGAGGACGACGACGACGACGACGACGACUUGGACCCGGCGCCCCCGAGCGGCGCCACCACCGUCACGACAGUUACCUCGGGUCAGAGCACAGACUCCUGCGACACCAGCCCGGACGUGGUCUCGCCCGCCGCCAGCAGGUGUUCCGAGGAGCUGUCUCAGGACACGCCCACCUCUGACGCACACCACACGGCCGGCCUGCAGGACGAGGGUCCAGACUCUGUGCCUGCUGAGGAGUAACUAGGAUGGACAAUAUUCAUAUAUAUAUAUAUAUAUAUAUAUAUAUAUAUAUAUAUAUAUAUAUAUAUACACUAGAUGGCUUUUUUGUGUUUGUCUGCUUAUCAUAUUUCAUGUGAAGGUAAUGUUUACACACGUUAACAUGCUGAAGUCAUUGGGGAUGAUUUAAUCAUGUAAAGUUUCAGUGUUAAAAUGAUGAAAUAUAUAAUUGUGUGAAUGCUCCAAAACAUUCACUCAUGUUUUCUACACCAAAAUUCAUCUAUUUAUUAUUUAACUUCUUCUUCUUCUCCAGGUUUUGCCGCGCUCUACCUUCCACAUUUUUCACCCGAUUCAAAGCGUCGCGACUUCAAACUGUUCGGCCUAUUCGGGAGUC